UUCUCCGUUUUCUUUCUGUUACACAUUUUGCAUUUGUGUGCUGGUGUUUCUUCAUCGCAGCAGCGUAAAAUCGCUGCUUUCUGGUGUGACGGAAUUCUUUUUUUCACAUCCAGCAGAAGGUUUUCUGUGUCGUUUUUCGCACACUUUGCGACCCAUCCCCGGAUGAAAUUUUGCCCCCGUGGUGUGUGCAGUGUCACAAGAACCGUGUCCAGCUGGUGUGAGUGAUCUGGUACUGUUCUGAAGCAACGAGCGUAGUAGGGCACGGCAGGAAAGUUUAUUGCUGAAUAUCGUCAGGAUUCAGCCUUACUACCAUCAGCGAGGGAAGGAGAACAGACGGCAAAAGCUCAGUGGUUAUUGCAUCGAGAGUAGCAAGCAUUGAAACGAGCAGCAGGUGGUGGAGGCCAACACAACUCGUUGCGAUGGAAUCCUCGGUGGCGGUGAAUGAUGCUCUUGCGGGACCAUCAUCGUCUUCGGUAUCUGCAAAUGAAUCGUUGGAUCCUAUCACUGUUGGUCAAGAGGUUUGUAAAUAUUACAAAUUGGGAACCUGCCAUUAUGGGGCAGCUUGCCGCAAUGCACACAUCGAUGAGUCAUCAGUUUCGGAACAAAUGCCUCCCGGAAAGGCUGCGCCGGUUGAUCACAACUUGAGCGCUAGUAGCAGCAGCAGCAAAAUUGUUCCAACUACUGUAUUGAGCAGUUUUACAAUUGAUCCGCUAAAGUGGAUCAAUGCACCGGAGUUCAUUCCGAAGUCGAAGCAGUUGCCACCGUCUGCUCCAGAUCCGAUAGCCAUGCUGAUGGAUGACGAAUGUGAUGCCGAUGCAGAGGAUGGUGAGCCAGAUGAAAAUGAACUGGAGGAAGAAGAUGAUGCCGAUCAGCCCACGGGCAGUGGUCUGUCGUAUGCUGCGAUUGUCACACUGAACAACAACCACAACGGGCUGGGCAUCAUAGAGGAACACGCUGAUUCGGUGCUCUGUCCAUACUACGAAAACAGCGGCGUGUGCAUGCUGGAAGCAUGUCCUUACGAACAUGGCGAGCUGUGUGAAUUGUGUGGCAAGUUCUGUCUGAACCCGUCAGACAAAGAACAACAGCGUUUGCACAAUGUCGAAUGCAUCAAGCAGCACGAACUAGAUAUGGAGCACUCCUUUGCCAUACAGCGAUCGAAGGACAAGACUUGCGGCAUCUGCUUGGAGGUGAUCCUGGAAAAGCCUGGCCGGGAGCAACGUUUCGGCAUUUUGCCCAAUUGUAAUCAUAUAUUUUGCCUCGAAUGUAUCCGGACGUGGCGAAAGGCGAAGAACUUUGAGAAUAAGAUCAAAAGGGGUUGCCCAACGUGCCGUAUUUCGUCCGACUUUGUCUGUCCCAGCAUUGUGUGGGUGGAGGGUCGUGACGAGAAGGAUAAGCUGAUCAACGACUACAAGAAGGCUUGCAACACGACCCACUGCAAACAUUUCAAGCAGGGUUCGGGCAAGUGCCCGUUCGGGAACAAAUGCUUCUACAAGCAUGCCCUCCCGAACGGCCAGCUGGUGGAUGUCGGUGGACCUUCCCGCCAGUCGGAGAACCGCUUGCGCAUCAGCCAUCUACAGGACUUUUUCCGCGAGGUGCUACACCAGCGGGGCCGCCUGUUGGACGACUUUAUGUCGUCGUUCUUCUCCGACAGUGACGAUUCAGAGCUGUCGGAACUGUACGACUAUUACGACAACUAGUUGCUCAGUUCCGUAUCUCCGCCGGGUCGGCAACAGUUGCCACAGGAGCGAGAGCAGUAUGCGCACUAUCAGCUAGCAAAUUUGUGUCAGCAGCAACUGCAACCGUCAGUUUUGGAUAUCUUGAGUCAUCCGCAGCAGCAGCAGCAGCAUCAACAACAGCACUAUCACCAUUAUCUUUACUAUUAUCAACUCUUUGGUAGCAGCAGCAGUGGUAGUAACGGUAAUCGUAACGAUAACAAUAGUAAUAAUCGUAUUUUCGUCUAUUUGGUCCAUAUUGGAAGUGGAAUCACAACUGUCGGUGGAGAGUGAAGCAAACAUUCAUCCAGCGCGGUGGUCACCAUCGCAACACUCACACACGCAUACACUUUCAACUAUACUUACUUACGCUAGGCACCGCUUGGCGGCGUGCGUUUUGUUUUUUGUUCGAGGAGACGUCCGAAUGUGGGAUUCUCCACUCGGAUGGGUCAAUUUAUUGUUCGUAAAUUACUGUGAGGGACAAAUUGCCCCUACCCAACUCAACCCAACAACACCAACAACAAAAAUAGUUAUUUAUUUUCAGAUGGCAUAUUUUUUUUUUGCUCCGUAUUUGUGUCUUAUUUAUUAUAUCAACUGAAUUGUUUUGUGUUCAAGUUUCAAAAUUGUUCAUAUCUUAAGGUGCACCACAAGGUCACCGUUGAGUUUUUUUUUGUACAGUAGAAAGGAAUCAAAAAAUGAAAUAAUAAUCUAGCGAAGAAAAUCGAUGGACCGCACAAAAAAACUAAACAUGUGAUUUUUAUUUCGUACUGAAUCGUAGGCAUUUUUUCCGUAACCAUUCGAGUGUAGGUUAGGUUUUUGUUUUUAUUUUUUUUCCAUAGGAAGAAAGGGCAAAAGAAUUAUGAUGGUAGAAUUCUUCCCACCAACGAUUGACAGAAAUCGGCCUUCAGUGCGAUCAAACACUGCCUGUCCGGCGAUCGAGUUUGCUUCGUUUUUACUAGCGUCGUAGUAGAUUUAUACUCAAAUGAAAAUUAGUUCAAUUUAUGCUAAAAAUUUUGUCACUGUACCUGAAUUGAUACCUCACACACACACCAGCGCGCGCACUCAUGUUCGCACACCGGCACCAACCUUUCGUGAUAAUACUCCCUGCACUUGAACUAGAACGGUUUCAAACUAUAGGUGGGAUUUUCAUUUCACUGGAUAAAAAAACUAGUAGUGUAGCAAACGGAAACGGAAAGGGACCAUCGAUUGGAAACGCCACUACUUUUACUAGCAGCUGCCUGAAGACACAGGUAAAAUGGAAAGAAGGAACACGAGGGAUGAAGGCACGCCGCCAGCCGCAUCAAAAGUAGUGCUUAAUAUCGAAUAUCCACUUGAUUCAGCAAACGUUUAUACAACUAAACAGAAAAGAGUGAAACUAGAAGAGACUACAACACGCUAAUAAUAUUAAUCUUGAAUAUCUAUUUCUAUAUUAGGAAUGAAUAUUGCAUACACUUAUAUGGUAACACAAAUUGUAACAUAUGUCGUUCCCACUAUUUGAGAGAAAACAACAAAAAAAAAUCUAACUUCAGAAAGAAAAACCCAACUCAACUCUAGUAAGCAAAUAAGCAAAACAGAUCGUACGUUAAUUCUAUAUCCUUAUAAUGUCGCUAGCCUCGUGUUGACCACAGUUUCUCGAUUACUAUCGUUGUUUUAGUGAGUUUGGCACAAGCCUGUUGAGAAAAGCUAAAUGUUAUCAGCUGCAGGCAGGAUAAGCAACAAAAUAUAUACAUUUACCUAAUCAAA